AUGGCGGCGAAUUACACGGCUGUGCAUUUUGAUCGACCAAUUCCUGACACUUCAGGCCCAUUUGAGAUUACAUCGCCUCCCGGAACCGAUAUAUGGGAUAAGCCUCCUUCCACGCACUCUUUCAACGCUCCAAUCGUCUAUCAAACCACAACCGCAAGCGCAUUCAGGGCUGCCCAGGUCACCGUCUCUGCCCCUUGGAAGGACCGAUAUGACCAGGGGGGUUUAGUUCUCGUGGUAAAGACGCCUGACACCACUCGUUGGGUCAAGACUGGCAUCGAGUUUGAAUAUGGAAUCCCCAAUAUCAGCACGGUGGCCAAAGACCAGUGGUCAGACUGGAGUCUUCGUCCACUACUCCCUGAGUCGACGGACAAAGCCACGAUACAAAUGGAAGUUGUCGAUGACGGCAGCUUGUGGGUAUGGCUCGUUGGCUCAGAUGGUAAGAAGCAUGCAUUGAGAGAAGUGACUUGGUAUGCCAGUCUGGACAAGAGUGUGGAAGUAUGGGUUGGGGUCUAUGUUGCCAAACCUGCCCCCAACGGGGAGAAAGAUGACCUGAUCGUCGACUUUGAGGGUUUGGCUAUCGAAACCAGGUGA